AUGAAGUACCUCCUUGUGACUGGUGGCGUUAUUAGCGGCAUCGGAAAAGGGAUAGUUUCGAGCAGCAUUGGAGCGAUCAUGAAGGCCAACGGAUGGGCCAUCACGUGUAUUAAGAUAGAUCCCUAUCUAAAUAUAGACGCCGGAACCUUCUCCCCAUAUGAACAUGGCGAGGUAUAUGUGCUGGACGAUGGAAGUGAGGUUGUUCCGCACAUUACUGACGCUAUUCAGGAUUGGGUGAUCCGUGUAGCUCAAAGACCGGUUGAUUCAUCUGGCAAAACCCCUGAAAUAUGUAUAAUUGAGUUGGGUGGUACCAUUGGUGACAUUGAGUCGAUGCCGUUUGUGGAGGCCUUCCGACAGCUUCAUUAUCGCGUGGGACCAAAGAAUUUUUGCUGCGUUCAUGUGAGCCUAGUGCCCAAUCUGACGUCUGUAGGCGAACCAAAAACAAAACCGACCCAGGUAUGUCAUUCUGCUGCCGUUUAA